AUGGAAUAUGAUGAGAGUGAAUAUAACCACAAUCCAAGUGUGUACAGGAUUCUGUCCAUAAACAAACUGCCAAAUACAACCAAGCUGGAUACUCUGGAAAGCUUGGCAGAAAUAGUUUUAUCAUCAGAAUGGCCAAAGACUAUGACAGGUCUUCCCAGCACGUCCGGGACAACUGCCAGUGUGGUUAUCAUACGGGGCAUGAAGAUGUAUGUAGCUCAUGUAGGUGAUUCUGGGGUGGUCCUUGGAAUUCAGGAUGACCCAAAGGAUGAUUUUGUUAGAGCUGUGGAGGUGACGCAAGACCACAAGCCAGAACUUCCCAAGGAAAGAGAAAGAAUUGAAGGACUUGGUGGGAGUGUGAUGAACAAGUCUGGAGUGAAUCGUGUGGUUUGGAAAAGACCUCGGCUCACUCACAGUGGACCUGUUCGAAGGAGCACAGUCAUUGACCAGAUCCCUUUCCUGGCUGUAGCAAGAGCACUUGGUGACUUGUGGAGCUAUGAUUUCUUCAGUGGUAAGUUCGUGGUGUCACCUGAACCAGACACAAGUGUCCAUACUCUUGACCCCCAGAAGCACAAGUAUAUUAUCCUGGGAAGUGAUGGCCUUUGGAAUAUGAUUCCACCUCAGGAUGCCAUCUCCAUGUGCCAAGACCAGGAGGAGAAGAAAUUCUUGAUGGGUGAGCAUGGACAAUCCUGUGCCAAAAUGCUUGUGAAUCGAGCCCUUGGCCGCUGGAGGCAGCGCAUGCUUCGAGCAGAUAACACCAGUGCCAUCGUAAUUUGCAUCUCUCCAGGAGUAGACAAUCAGGGGAACUUCACUAACGAAGAGGAGCUCUUUCUGAACCUGACUGAUAGCCCUACUUACAACAGCCAAGAGACCUGUGUGCUGACUCCUUCCCCGAGUUCUACACCGCCAGUCAAGUCACUGGAAGAAGAUCCAUGGCCACGGCUGACCUCUAAGGACCAUAUCCCUGCCCUUGUUCGUAGUAAUGCGUUCUCAGAGAAAUUUUUAGAGGUCCCAGCUGAGAUAGCUCGAGGGAGUAUCCAGACUGUAGUGAUGACCUCAAAAGAUUCAGAGGCCCUUGAAGAAAAUUGCCCCAAAGCUCUGACUUUAAGGAUUCAUGAGUCUUUGAAUAAUGCCCUGUCAGUUGGCCUCGUGCCAACCAAUUCAACAAAUACCAUCAUGGACCAAAAAAAUUUAAAGAUGUCAACUCCAGGUCAAAUGAAAGCUCAAGAAGUUGAAAGAACCCCUCCAGCCAAUUUUAAAAGAACAUUAGAAGAAUCCAACUCUGGCCCCCUUAUGAAGAAGCACCGUCGAGGGAGUGGGGCCCAGGCUUCCAGCCUCCCUGCAGCAUCCCAGCGCCGGCACUCUGUCAAACUGACCCUCCGGCGCAGACUCAGGGGCCAGAAGAAGAUUGCAAAUCCUCUCCUACACCAGCACCGGAAAACUGUGUGCGUGUGCUGAGAUGGCCUGGGUAAUGGGAAUCUCCCUACUUAGGACAUGACUUGAGGGCUUUUAAAACUUGGUGCCAGAGUUGAACUUUUUUUAAGGGGACAAAAAAAUAAAGAGUAUACAGUUUGACUUUCUGGAAUUUCACAGUUUUAUCCUGGCCUUGUACUUGCCUGUAUUAUAAAUGUGAAUUUUGUAGAUGUAGGGAAUAAGUUGCUGUAAAAUGUGUGUAAAUUUGUAUCCUUUACACAAGUUCAGUCUCUGACUCUGACACAGUAAUUGUCACAGCAGGGCUAAUGUUGGAGAAUCUGAGAAAAGUCUCUAAGAUUUUAAACAUGUGUUUAAACUUUUUAAAAUGCUUAUUAUACACUUGUAUACACCACUUGUGAAGAACACGUGACUUUUUAAAGAAAAUUACUAAACAAACUGGAAAGGUGAUGUAUUUUCAUAGUGAUCUGUGCUCCACCUAAUGUUUCCUAGGGACCAGUAGUGUCUUUUAAAAAUUAUAUCUUAUUUCCCAUUUCAUAAUCCAGAACUAAACAUUUCAUAGGAAAAGCAUUGAGCCAUGCUGAUGUAGCUGAUUUAGUCUCCCUGCCCCUCUGACCCUAUGCAGUAUCUAACUUCAGUAGCAUUUCUCUAGACCAGUGCAUCUCAUGUGCUUACUGACAUCUCUGGUGCAGAAGGUGUGUUUGCCUGAUGCACCGUCAUUCUUCCCAGACCGUUGGCAUCAGGAGGUACACUCUCUUCUAGUGUUUGCUUAAAAUUCGUGAAGUUUUCUUGCUAUUUCAAUAACAGAUGGUGCUGCUAAUUCCCAUCAUUUCCUAAAUUAUUUUAUAUCAUACAGUUUUCAUUGACUAUGUGAGUAUGUCCAUCUAAUAAAUCAGUGAACUGUUGCUCUUAUGUUGCUGGCGUUUUGUUGGUGAUUCUUCAUGGUAGGUACUAACAGUUGUGUGAUACAACUUUGCUUUUUUGACUUUUGAAAUACAUAAAAUACUCAUUUU